CUCUCACUCUCUCACCUCACCCUCUCCUCCACAUCGCUCUCUUCUUCUUCAUCUUCUUCAACCACAAAUAUCUGUGUGUGUCCUCCUCCAUCAUGGGAUUCCCGGUGGGUUACACGGACCUUAUCUUCCCCAAGAUAUUCCUCCAUGUCCUCUCUCUCCUGGGUUUCAUCAGAAAGCUCAUCACCAUUCUGUUUCGCUGCCUGGGUCUCCACGAUUUUCUCGAACCCGACAUUGCUUGGCCCCACCCGGUACCCGAAUUCCACUCCGUGUCGGCCAUGCUGAUCCUGGAAAUCCUGCCGGUGGGCAAGUUCUCGGACCUGGUGGACCCGCCGGACAGCUGCGCCGUGUGUCUUUACGAGUUUGAGGCGGACGACGAGAUCAGGCGGCUCACCAAUUGCAGGCACGUAUAUCACCGGGGAUGUCUGGACCGUUGGAUGGGGUACGAUCAGAGAACGUGUCCCUUGUGCAGAACACCUUUCAUACCUCACGAUAUGCAAGCCGCCUUCAAUGAUAGGCUCUGGGCUGCUUCUGGCAUUCCUGAAUUCUACGCUGAUUCUGAAGAUUACCCCCAUCUUUCUGCUUUUUAGUUCUGCAGAUUCUUCUCAUUCUUCUCUUCUCUGUUUGUUUGUUUGUUUUUUUGUUAGUCCUUAGGCUUUACAGCAUGAAAACCUUGAGAAAAAAAAAGGAAAAUUGUACCCUUGAGAUAUCUGUAUAUAUACAGAAGGAAAGAGAAAUCCCAAGCGGAGUCUCUGUAGUUAGAUGAAUUUAUAAAGGUGAUUCUGGUUUCAGA